UAUUCCUGGAUUCGGCGGAGGAGCUCCCGAGCCGCAGUACGCGUAAAAACUGUAAUCCUGCCGGAAGACGCCGGAGCGGCAGCGCGCGACAUCGAGCUCGAGACUCUCUCAGCUCGUGCUCUCUUUCUCCGUAUAGUCGUCAGUCUCGCAUCUCGGUCCGUUGUCGCAUCGGCCGCCGCCGCGGAUGAUCCGCUGGUUCCGCGCGGGCUGACACGAGCCCCUCGCCGGGAUCAUGUAGAGAGCCGCGCGCCGCAGCCGCGAGAACAGCAGUGCAGUAGCCGAAGCAGAGAGUGUCGUGCGCCGGGAGGAGGAGGAGCAGCAGUAGCAGCAGACGAGACAGUUAAGAGCUUGCACUGAUCGCGCGCCGAGUAUGAGGCGAGCGCGAGUGACGCUGCUGCUUCUGGCCCUGCUGGGCCUGAUGCUGCUAAUGACGAUCAGCGUCGCCGAGGCCAAGCUCCAGCAGCAGCAGACCGUCAAUGCCGACGAUGACGACGACGACGAUGACGAUGACUGGGAGGAGGAUAACUACCCGUCCAAGCCGGAGAUCGACGAUGACGGCCGGGUUUACAAGAACCCGCGCAACUCGCCGUCGGCCCACUGCCCGCGCGACAUCGAGCUGGCCCUCAUCCUCGGGCAGAAGUGCCUGCGAAAGUGCUCCACCGACGAGGACUGCAAGAGCAAGAAGAAAAAGUGCCGCUGUGAUGGCAUUUGUGGCAUGACCUGCAUCAAGCCCGACCGCGAGUGCCCCGAGCUCACCGAGAUCGAACACGGCGUCAUGGUGGUGAGCGGCAGGUUCUUCGGCGACCGGGCCAACUAUACCUGCGACCCCGGCUACAUCGCGGUCGGGCUCUCAGAGCGCAUCUGCCGAGCCGACGGACACUGGACCGGUGUGCCCCCGACCUGCAAGAAGGACCCGCAGAGCUUCUGCGGUGUGCCCAACAAGCUGCCCAACGCGAGGCACAACGCGUUGCCAGAGCAGACAAGUUUCGACGUGGACAGCAUGGUUCAGUACUUCUGCGACCACGGCUACGAGACCAAGGGAUCGCCCAAGGCCAAGUGCCUGAUGACCGAGGGAGUGGCCAGCUGGUACGGGCCCGACAUCACCUGCGAGGCCAGAAGCUGCGGCCCGCCGGCCGACAUCCUCAACGGUUGGCACGCAGGCGAAUGCUACAACUACGACUGUCACGUCUCCUACCACUGCGCCGACGGCUACGAGCUCGUGGGCAAGGCCGAGAAGAUCUGCGUCGCCGACGGCACGUGGCUGCCGGCCGAGCUUCCCAAAUGCGUCGAGGUGACGUCGGUCGAGUGCGAUCCGCCCGAGAACCCGGUUAACGGCAAGGCCAUCUACACCAGCUACGCCUACAACUCGGUCGUGUCGUACGAGUGCACACCCGGCUACACGAUCGUCGGCGCGGCCACGAGACGCUGCAGCGCCGAUGGCAAGUGGACGGGUCAGGUUCCUGCCUGCCGGGAGAUCAACUGUGGCUUGCCCGGAACCCUCUACAAUGGCUGGAUCGACAACAUCGAGAACGGAACGGGCAUGGGCGCGAGUCUGAUCUUCCGCUGCAAGGAGCGCAUGAAGCUGGAGGGCCACAGCUCGAGCCUCUGCCAGAUGGACGGCAAGUGGCGGUACCCGCUGCCCCAGUGUCUGGCCCCGUGUAUCGUGCCGCACAUCGACCGGGGCCAUGUGUACGUCGCGUCCGACGAGCGUGACCACAUCAACAAUGUGACGGUGGCCGAGCACGGCAAGCGCCUCGUCGUCGAGUGCGUGCAGGACUACGAGUUUGCCGCGGCGAGCAUCACGCCGGUAGUCUGCAACAACGGCACCUGGUCGAUCGUCCCGACCUGCUCGCCAGCGCGCUGCAAGCUCAUGCCCAAGCCGCCCAAGAACGGUAUGGUCAUUGCACCCAAGACCGACCACGGCAUGAAGGCCGUGUUCAAGUGCAAGGACGGCUUCGAGCUCGUCGGGGGCGGACCCUACAACAACAGCUACUCGGUAGAGUGCCAGUACGGCAACUGGACGGGCGACAUACCCCACUGCAUCGAGGUCUACUGUCCGUUCCCCGGUUACGUGCAGAACGGCAAGGUCCUCCUCGUCGGCAACAUGGGCGUCUACGACUACCGGCCCUACGUCAAGAAGGUCGUCAACAACAAGCAGAUCAUGUACGACUGUGACAAGGGAUACUACCUGAGCGAGGGUCCGCCAGGCGCGACCUGCAUCGGCGGCUCCUGGAGCCCAAAGGAGCUGCCCAAGUGCACCCUGGGACAGCACCCGAGGAUCCGAUGGAACAGGCGGCGCAGGUCUAUCGGUGCGGACAAGAACGAAACCGUCGUGAUGGCUUACCGGAAGUUCAUCGACUUCUUCCGCAAGAUUGGCAAGAAGCUGCUGGAGCUCGAAAUGGAGAAGAGCCACGAGGCGAUGAUGAACAGCGCCAGGAAGGAGGUCAAUCGCACGUCGAAUUCCACCGGGCAUCAGCUCACGAGUAGCAGCAAUAGCAGUAGUGGCUCGAAUUUCGUGGCGCAUCGCAACGGUAGCAGCAAGGCUCACGCGAGCAAGGCGCGUACCAGAGACGAGAAGAUGAUAGACUUCCUGAGGAUCGUCUACCGCAAGCUGCAGCGAAUCGAUUCGCGGCACGCGAGCAACGACACCAACGUCACGAUGCAUGAGCUGCUUAACGUCCUGAGCAAGAACUUCUUCCACGUCGACUUGUCGGAGCCGCGACGAAACGCCUCGGGCAAGGCCCACGACAGCUACGAAUCCAAGAGUCAGAGAGAGUUCACGAAGCUCAAGAGGGAAUUCGAGAGGAUUAUGAAGUUCUACAAUAAAUCGCUGCGCUGGAGCGAGAAGCACUUGCGAAAGGAUCUGAGGAAAAAGAAGAAGAGUCAGCAGCAGCAGCAAGGUCACCAGAAGGAUGCCGAGAAGGACAAACAGAAGACGAAGGAGAAGAAGAAGGAGAAACAGCACAAGUCGCCCAACUACUACAAGGGAUUCUACGAGUUCAUCAACGACUACGUCAGCCAGAAGCUGACGGCGUUGGAGGCGCAGAACGCCACGGAGGAGCUCAUCAGAAAAAUGAGGAUCGACAAGAUCUCGGUACGCAACGGCACCAUGUUCACCGUCGGCGAGAUCUACACGUUCUUCAAACAUAUCAUAGAGGCCAAACUCAACUCGUCCAAGGCAGAUAACGAGACUGUCAGCACUGCUGCUACUACUACUACUGGUAAUACGAGCACUACUUCCACUACCACUGAUUCCAGAACCACGGCUUGGCCGUAUCCCGGAGCGAGCAAGAAGGUGUCGCCGACAAAGAGUCCACGGAAGACGAGUACGUUCUCGCCGCCGAGGCCCACAACGACGGCCCCGGCGCCGACGACGAUAGCGACGCCGAAAAUGAACAAUCUGAUCGUAUCGGAGAACGAGAUCCCGGCGCUGGAGAUUGAAAAUAGCGGAGAGAAGCCGCGCAGCAAGAGGAUUCGCGACGCCUCGACGCGGUCGCCGAUAGCCGAGGUCAGGCGAAAACUGCUGUCCAUCAACCACCCCCUGGGAGGAGGCGAGAGCGCGUCGUUCGCGUUCAAAUCGGAGCUGGCGCGGCAGCAGCAGGGUCGCUUCAAGCGCUUCCUACCGGUCAACGCCGAGCUGGCGGAGAAUCAAAUGUUUCUUAAGAAUUUGUAUCUGAACGCGUACGAGGAGGAGUACAAGGCGAACGUGAAACGUUCCAUGUCCCUGAACAAUCAACGAGCGAGUAUCUGGUCGCGUGAGGCGACGAGUCAGCGGCAAAUCAACUGAUUGCGAGCAACAUCAAAUGGUUUUAUUGUGAUAUUAUGGAAUUUAUUGGUAAAAUUACUCGAUGAUUAUUAAACAACUGAUUUUAUGCGAUUAUACACAUAAUUAUAUUAUACACGCGAUCUAGUUACUCUGUUUCCCCGACCCCCUUUUCGUCGAUAGCCGCACUGUAACGUGUGUAUCCGACGUUUUUUGAUGAUAAAUAAAAUCUUUUCCAUACACUACCGA